CUGCUGAGCUUUCCAAAUCUGUUCCUGUCUCUGUCUUGCCUGUAACUCUCAUCCCCACAUCCUUUACUUGUAUCUUCACUGGGCUUGCAGGAAGUAAAACAAAACGACCGGCCAAAAUGUCUGAUAAAAAGAUGUCAACGAGCCGUAGGAACUACCUGAAGAGCUUGAUGCUCCAGAUCGCUGCCGGCUUGCUCGAGGCUGAGGAGGUCGAGGCCGAGGCAGAGAAGGCCAGGUACAUGGAGGAGAACUGCCCUGCCCCAGAAUUGUUGGUAUGCAUGGCAGAGCUCACGGACUUGUGCAAAAAGCUCCAUCAGAAGAUCGAGAAGGUUGAUGAGGAGAGAUACGACAUGUCAACCAAGGUGACCAAGUCCGAGAAGGAGGUUGAGGAUCUGAAGAUGAAGGUAGUUGAACUGAAUGGAAAGUUCCGGAAGCCCGUCCUGAAGAAAGUACGUAUGUCUGCUGAUGCUAUGCUCCAGGCUCUGCUGGGCUCCAAACACAAGGUGUCCAUGGAUCUGAGGUCCAACCUGAAGCAAGUCAAGAAGGAGGUCAAGGAGGAGGACAAAGAUGCUGUGGGUGACUGGCGUAAGAACAUCGAAGACAAAUCAGACAGAAAGAAGAUGUUUGAGACUCAUAAGGAGUAGAAACGAAACCUGUCUGGAACUCUUCUGACAAAUAUCCACGUGUAUAAUCAAAUACUCCAGCUUUGACGAGCUAUGUGUUGGGAGUUCCAUUUGUCCCCCCUUGGAUAUCUAGUCUUUUGUUUCACACGUAACACAAAAACAGUUACGUGACUCCCCCCAAAAAAUAUAUUGUGCAAUAUUUAUACUAAUUGUCAUCAAAUAAACCCUGGUCAGCUAAUAGAAA